UCUCUUCUCAUAAGAACUGGCUACGCAGCCUCGGAGAGUCGGAGCCAGUAGCCACCACAAGUCCACAACCACGCAGCAGCCGCGCACGUACUCGGCGUCAUCGUGCGAGUGAGCUGUGUGUGUUGUACGUGACGCGCGCGCAGUUUCCAUGGCACGGUUCAUGCUCAUGUCCACGAGCGUGAACGGCGGCCGCGCGCUGCCGUCGCCGCAGGCCGUCCGGCCGGCGCCGUACCCGCGGCUGGCGCUGCCGUCGGGCUACAGGCACGCCAAGUCCGUCUCCGUCAAGACCCUGGCCCUGUUCGGCAAGUCCAAGGCCAAGGCCGCGCCGGCGAAGGCUGCUGCGCCCAAGUUGAAGGUUGAGGACGGUAUCUUCGGCACGUCCGGCGGGAUCGGCUUCACCAAGGAGAACGAGCUGUUCGUCGGCCGUGUUGCCAUGCUUGGCUUUGCCGCAUCGCUACUUGGAGAGGCCAUCACCGGGAAGGGCAUCCUGGCCCAGCUGAACCUUGAGACGGGCAUCCCCAUCUACGAGGCGGAGCCCCUCCUCCUCUUCUUCAUCCUCUUCACCCUCCUCGGCGCCAUCGGCGCUCUCGGCGACCGUGGCAGCUUCGUCGACGAGGUCACAGGCCUCGACAAGGCCGUCAUCCCCCCUGGCAAGGGCUUCCGCUCAGCCCUCGGCCUCAGCGAGGGAGGGCCGCUGUUUGGGUUCACCAAGUCGAACGAGCUGUUCGUGGGGCGGCUGGCGCAGCUGGGUGUGGCCUUCUCCAUCAUCGGUGAGAUCAUCACGGGCAAAGGUGCGCUGGCGCAGCUCAACAUCGAGACCGGCGUGCCCAUCAACGAGAUCGAGCCGCUCGUCCUCUUCAACGUCCUCUUCUUCUUCAUCGCCGCCAUCAACCCCGGCAGCGGCAAGUUCGUCACCAGCGACGACGAGGAGUAGGCUGCCGGGGGCUGCGAUUGAUCGGUGCGUCGCUGUGCGUGUGCGAGUGCGUGCUUUGUUGGUACUGCGUGAGUAGGGUUGUUGUCUUGAGCUUAGCCAAUACCAUGCAAUGCCUGCAUGUGUAAUGUGUUCUAGCUUUAAAUGGAUCGCAGGGUCAGGUUCUCCUAGAGUAAGAUUUUGUUUAGUUCGAGA